GUCAUGCAACGAAUCUGCACUGCAGCAGAAGUACGGUUCUACUUCAGCAGCUUCCUUGAUGGUGGCAAUAAGAAUUUUUUGAAGCCCAACAAGAACUGCAAUUUAUCGGCAUAUGUUUCAGGUUGCGAGCCUGGGUGGGCUUGUAGUGUUGGAAAGAAUAAAAAAGUUGACCUAAAAAAUUCCAAGGAUGUGCCUUUUAGAUCCCUUGCCUGUCAACCUUGUUGUGAAGGUUUCUUCUGUCCGCAUGGUAUUACUUGUAUGAUACCUUGUCCAUUAGGUUCUUAUUGUCCUCUUGCCACUCUAAACAAAACUUCUGGUGUAUGUGACCCGUACCAUUAUCAGCUUCCUCAAGGACAGGCAAAUCAUACCUGUGGUGGAGCAGAUAUGUGGGCUGAUAUCAUGAGCAGAAGAGAGGUAUUCUGUUCAGCAGGAUCAUACUGUCCGACUACUAUCAAAAAAGUUCCUUGCAGUAGGGGGCAUUACUGCAGGACUGGUUCUACAACCCAAACAAAUUGCUUUCAUUUGGCUACUUGUGAAGAAAAAACUGAAAAUCAGAAUAUUACUGCGUAUGGAAUCCUCAUCUUUGUGGGGUUGGUACUGUUGAUGCUCAUUGUAUACAACUGUUCUGACCAAGUUAUGAGCACUAGAGAGAAGAAAAGAGAACAAUCCAGAGAAGCUGCUGCAAGAAGUGCAAAAGAAACUGUACAAGCCCGUGAACACUGGAAAUCUGCAAAAGAUGUUGCCAAAAAGGGUGCAAUUGGACUCCAAAGUUCAUUAUCACGAACUUUUUCGAAAAAAAAAUCAAUGAAAUCCCAAGAGUUUAAAGGAACAGGCCAAGCAAAACCCGGAACAGAUGCAGCUUUGGCAUCAAUGCCUGCAUCUCAUCAGGCCAAGGGAAGUGACCUAACAAAAAUGAUUCAUGAGAUUGAUGAAGAUCCAAAUAACCAUGAUGGCUUUCAUGUGGAGAUUGGAGAUAAACACAUGAAAAAGGCACCAAAAGGUAAAGAUCUGCAUACUCGCAGCUCCAUUUUUAGGUAUGCCUAUGGUCAGAUUGAGAAGGAAAAAGCUCUACAGGAGCAAAAUAUGAACUUAUCCUUCUCGGGACUCAUUUCAUUGGCCUCUGACAAUGACGAUAGAAAGAGGCCUACAAUUGAGGUUGAUUUCAAAGAUUUGACACUUACUUUAAAAGGAACAAACAGGCAGAUCAUGAGAUGUGUUACUGGGAAAAUUAUGCCUGGCCGUGUUUCUGCUGUCAUGGGCCCAUCUGGGGCAGGAAAAACUACGUUCCUUUCAGCCUUAGCUGGAAAAGCAACUGGGUGCACAAGAACUGGUCAGAUUCUUAUCAAUGGAAAGCCGGAUUCAAUUCAUUCUUACAAGAAAAUUAUUGGGUUUGUGCCUCAGGAUGAUAUAGUGCAUGGGAAUCUAACAGUAGAGGAAAAUCUCUGGUUCAGCGCCAGAUGCAGACUUCCAGCUGAUCUGCCUAAAAUGGAAAAGGUUCUGGUUGUUGAAAGAGUUAUAGAGUCUUUGGGAUUGCAGUCUGUUCGAGAUUCCAUGGUGGGAACUGUAGAGCUGCGAGGAAUAUCUGGAGGUCAAAGGAAGCGAGUCAAUGUUGGGUUAGAAAUGGUUAUGGAACCUUCCCUUUUAAUCUUAGACGAGCCAACUUCUGGUUUGGACAGUUCAUCUUCACAAUUACUUCUUAGAGCACUUCGUCGUGAAGCUAUGGAAGGUGUAAAUAUUUGCAUGGUUCUUCACCAACCGAGCUAUACCUUGUUCCAGAUGUUCGAUGACUUGAUACUUCUAGCUAAAGGUGGUCUAACCGCUUAUCAUGGAUCAGUAAAAAAGGUGGAAGAGUACUUUGCGGGCAUUGGUGUUGUUGUACCAGAGCGUAUUAAUCCUCCAGAUCAUUUCAUAGACUUUCUUGAGGGUGUUGUAAAGCCAAGUGCAGGUUCCAACAUACAUUUUAAGGAGCUUCCACUUAGAUGGAUGCUUCACAAUGGCUAUUCAGUACCUCCUGAUAUGUUAAAUACGGCUGGAGCUCAAGCAGCCGGGGAAGAUUCAGCUCAUGGAAGUUCGUUAUCUGCUGCCACCACAGAGGGCCAUUCUUUUGUUGGUGAUUUAGUGAAGGACUUAAAAGUUCAAAUGGAGUUGAAGAAAGACUAUAUACUUCAUAACUUCUUAAGGUCAACCGAUCUGUCUAACCGCACUACUCCAAGUGUGUUUGAGCAAUACAGAUACUUUAUUGGAAGGCUUGGAAAGCAACGGAUGCGUGAAGUGAGAACACAGGCAGUAGAUUUUCUAAUUUUAUUAUUGGCUGGAAUAUGUUUGGGAACUCUUGCUAAAGUGAGCGACGAAACAUUCGGGGCAACUGGAUACACCUAUACUGUUAUUGCAGUUUCUCUUCUGAGUGGAAUUUCAGCAUUGAGGUCAUUUUCUUUGGAUAAAUUACACUAUUGGAGAGAAAGUGCUGCCGGUAUAAGCAGCCUGGCUUACUUCAUGGCGAAAGAUGCAGUCGAUCUCCCAAAUACAAUUUUGAAACCUUUGGUGUAUCUUUCAAUGUUCUACUUUUUCAACAAUCCAAGAUCUUCCUUCUUCGACAAUUACAUUGUUUGUGUUUGUCUGGUUUACUGUGUCAAUGGAAUAGCUUAUGCAUUUGCAAUAUACCUCCAACCAGGAACAGCCCAACUGUGUUCGGUUCUUGUUCCUGUUGUGUUAACUCUUAUAGCAAACCAAACCGAUCCUGGUGAUUUCCUAAAGAGACUACAAGACAUUUGUUAUACCAAGUGGGCAUUGGAGGCAUUUGUCGUGGCAAACGUUGAAAAGUUUGUAGCAGUUAUCUAUGUUUGAUUGUUUGUUUGUUUGUUUUUCACAGUUUAAGAUGUAUAC